UGGUCUCUGUGCCAAGCUAUUUUCCUCAUUGCUAUUUUCUCUUAGACUCGCUGUUCCAGCCUCACAAGGGCCUCCUCCAAUGGCCUUUCUACUCACAGCAAGAUGUUAAGGAGCCUUUCUUUAUGCCAGUGUUUUUAUACGGGCAGUAAAUCAAAGGACGAGUGGUCUUCACCUAUAAAAAAGUCAGGAGACAUCAGUCUGAAGCCAGCCCCUACAAAAUGACUCUGCAGAUUCUAACUGAUUUAAUGCCUGUCCCCAUCACAUUGCCCUAGAGGUUAUCUUCAAGAGUUUUUGGAUGCAGGCCAUGUUAGUUAGCAUUCACAGUCUUCUGACUCAUGAUUUGACACAUACUCUGCAGCAACUGAAAGGAUAUCUGACUAACUGGGAGAGGACAUCUAACCUGUAUGCAGCACUAAAGUGUGAAAACAAUGGAAGUGCACUCAAGGUCAAUCUGGUACCACAGUUUUGGGGAUAUGUAAUUAGAGCAGAAUGUUCUGUGAACUUUAAAGCUUCAAUUACAAGUUAUGAAAUUCAGGACAGGGGAAAGAAGCACACAAAGCCGUGUACUGGAGUUUCCCAGAUCUCAUUUCCCCAGGAAGAAAAUACCCACUGUUUUCUCAUGCAGCAAUUUCAGACAAACUCUUGCCAAGUAAGACUCAGACAACCACUCCAUGUCAGUCAAACCUUGCAGAGAUUUGUCCCACAGUGUCUGAUAAACAAACAAAUCCAACUAAUUUAAGUGCAUAACCUGCAAAAUGAGUGUGACAUUUCCCAGGAUUCAGCUCCAAUGUAGGGCUCCCCAUGGCCAUCCCUAAGAUUUUUUCUAUGUACCUUUCAAGAUAGCAAUUCUCUGCUGUUUUUUCAUUUGUUUUUAGUUGUGGUGUUGUUUUGUUUGGGUUAUUUGAUCUGGGGGGAGGUGUGAGCUCUGUCUUUCUCAGCAUCUACAUUUCAUUUUCCCAUACAAGCCUUUCAUUUAGUUUUUAUAAUCCCGUGUCCUAGGAAUUCUGGAAGGAUAACUUUUCUUGACUGGCUCUUGUUCAAAUCAACUGACUUCUGACACCAAUUUGUGAUAUUUUUUCUGCACAAGGUCAGACUUACAGAAAAACUGGAAGGAUAAACAAUGAAAACCUGUGCAGCAUGUGCUAUUAUAUUUCCAGAAAGUAAAUAUUGAUUACUGUUGACAUUACUUCUCUUGUAGGCUAUAUCCAGAUCUUUUCUUCAACUUAACAGGAAUUAAAACAGUGUUGACCCAAAGGGCAGAAUGUCAUUCAAAAGAAGGAUCACAUACAGCUGUAUAGAAUAGACGGCAAAGAAGCAAUAGAGGUGAAAAUCCCACAGAGUCACCAAGAUGUGAUGUCCAAUGAUGAGCAGUAAUUACUGCGGCAACACUUCAGCCAGCAUGAGCGUCAGUGAAAUGUCUGCCUUCCCUCUGACUUUGGAGCAAAAAACUGGUUUUGCCUUUGUGGGGAUUUUGUGCGUUUUCUUAGGACUUCUAAUUAUCAGAUGCUUCAAAAUCUUGCUAGACCCCUACAGUAGUAUGCCUUCUUCAACAUGGGAAGAUGAAGUCGAGGGGUUGGAUAAAGGGACCUUUGAAUAUGCUCUUGCAUGAAAAGUCACAUGAUAUCCUGCCUUAAAUUUGAUGUUGAUUUCAUUUUGGAAACCAACUGUUGGUACAUUUGUUACAUAUGCAUACGUACAUUUUGGAGAUGUGUUGGUAUCUGUGGCAUUCAUUUUGUUAAAUAAAUGUUUAUU